GCUUGAUCUUAGUUUGUAGGCUUUCAAAACCAAAGCUGUAAGCAAAGUAGCUGCUUUCGGUAUUAACAAUAUAUAUAAUAUUAGUUUUUCACCUGUCAUUAUUUACUCACUCACCCUCGUGUUUCAAUCCUGUAUCAAUUCCUUUGUUCUGUUGAAGAAGAAUGAUGAAGAAGAAUGUUUUGAACAAUGUUGGUAGCCAAACGUUUGCCCACAGCCAUUGACUUGAUGGACUGCAAUCUUAGACCGUACCAGGAGGAGGUGGUGCAGGCAGCACUCAGAGGAGAGAACAGCAUCAUCUGGCUGCCCACCGGUGGAGGAAAGACCCGUGCUGCGGUUCACAUCACUAAGAGACACCUGGAGACCACAGCCAAUGCCAAAGUAGCAGUGCUCGUCAACAAGGUUCAUCUGGUAGACCAGCACUUUGCAAAAGAGUUCAAGCCUUAUCUCGCAAGCACAUACAAGAUAACAGCCAUCAGUGGGGACAGUAAUGAGAAAGACUUGUUUGGGCGUCUCGUCAGGACCUCGGACCUAAUCAUCUGCACGGCUCAGAUCUUGGAGAAUGCCUUGAUCAGCACGGAGGAAGAAAAACAUGUGGAGCUCACUGACUUCACCCUGCUGAUAAUAGAUGAAUGUCAUCACACACAAAAGGAGAGCGUCUAUAAUAAGAUAAUGAGCCGCUAUGUUGAAAAGAAAGUGAAAAAAGAAGGGAAUCUUCCUCAGAUUUUGGGUCUCACAGCAUCACCUGGUACAGGAGGAAAUAGGACACUGGAUAAGGCUGUUGAACAUGUACUGCAGAUCUGUGCCAAUUUGGAUUCAGUAAUUGUGUCCACCAAGAAUUAUACUCCAGUGCUGAAGAAAGUCGUCCCCAAACCCAAAAAGCAAUAUGAUAUUGUUAAAAAAAGAACUCUGGACCCGUUUGGCGACCACUUGAAGGCAAUGAUGUCAAUGAUUCAUGAGUUUAUGCCAUCGACUGAGAGUCGCAGCCUGCGAGAGAUAGGCACCCAGGAAUAUGAAGCUGACGUGGUGGAACUAGAAAAAACAGGUGUAAAGACAGAGAACAGGCUGAUUGCUCAGUGCGCUUUGCACCUGCGGCAAUACAACGACGCUCUUCUCAUUAAUGACACUGUUCGCAUGGUGGAUGCGUUCCGGGGCCUAGACGAGUUCUACAAUUCAAGGAAAACCAAAUUGCUGGAUGGGACAGACAUCUUUCUCCAGGGACUUUUUGAUGAGAACCGUGUGGAGCUCAAACAGCUGGCAUCGGAAACCCGCUCCGAAAACCCCAGACUGGCCCAGUUGCAAUGCACAUUGCAGAAUGAGUUUAAGGAUGAAAACUCUCGCGGUAUCCUCUUUUCAAAGACCCGCAGGGGCACCCAUUGUCUGCUUGACUGGGUGAACUCCAACACUGAGCUGCAGAGGGUCAACAUCCGAGCUGGCAUUCUCACAGGAGCGGGCACAGGUGCAAAUCACAUGACCCAGAAUGAACAGAAGGGAACCAUAAAACAUUUCAGAAAUGGAGUCCUCAACCUCCUCAUCUCCACCAGUGUAGCUGAGGAAGGACUUGAUAUCCCAGAAUGCAACUUAGUUGUACGUUACGGGCUGUUGACCAAUGAGAUCGCUCAGCAGCAGGCCAGUGGGCGGGCUCGGGCGCUCAACAGCAUCUACUCGGUGGUGGCUGAAGAAGGUGGUCGUGAAAUACGCAGGGAACAUAUCAAUGAGUAUCUAGAAGUUCUGACUGGAAAAGCUAUCGAUCAAGUGCAGCAAAUGAGUCCCAGGGAGUUCAGACUCAAGAUAUCCGAGCUCCAAAAAAACGCUGUUAUGAUUCGAAUGCAGGCCGAGAGGAAAAAGGAUGAGAGGAAGCAGCGCUAUAGUCCUGGUCAGGUUCUGUUUCAGUGCAGAGGAUGCUUCCUGCGUGUCUGCAGAGGAGAAGAUUUAAGAAAAAUAGAGAAUACACACCACGUCAACAUCAACACUGACUUUGAGAGGCAUUAUAAAACAGGUGGGCAGGUCUUUCUGGAGAGGAGCUUUGAAGACUGGGAGCCUGGACGGCUUAUCAGCUGCAGGAAGUGUGGAAAGGAUUGGGGAAUGGAGAUUAAGUUCAGGCACAUGGUAAUACCCUGCUUGAAAAUAAAGAGCUUUUGCUUGGAGACUCCUGGAGGCAAAUCCACUCCCAAAAAUUGGAAAAAUGUUGAGUUCCAGGUGAAAGAGUUCGACUUUCUUGAGGACAUGAAAAGCCGCUUUCCUGACCUAGACUUAGACGACUGACACGCCAUAUAAACUCGUGCAAAAUGGUGCAACAAUAACUGUCAGAUUUCUUCAGUUUUCUACUUGUAGGAGGUACUGCGAGGGGCCAUUGAUUGCUGUUAAUCGCAAACUACUUAGCAUCAUUUAAUUAGCUUAUGAAAUUAUCUAUCCUGAUUAUGCUGAUUAGUCAUGGCGGAUGUUGGUAGAUGCUUUUGUGGUCGGUUGUGAGUGUCGAAGGACAUCUGACAUUUCUAUAUAAUAGAGCUGUUUGUAAUCAAAAUAUAUUUUUAAAUUGUAGUCUUUACUUACAAGUUUAUGUAAUUUUACCUGAGAAAGCUGUGUGUGUUAAAUGUUUUGACCUGUAUAUUUAUUUAUAACAGUUUCAUUUGAAUAUUCUGUUGACCAUUUCUGAGAUCAGGAGUGUGCUGCUCUCUGAUUAUUAGUUAUUGUUGACUUUAUAGUGCAAUAUGUCUCUAAAUGCGCCUGAAGCUCUUAAUGGCACCCAUUGAGCUGUAGUCUGCUCAGACUGUCUCUUUCAGAUUGCUUGAACAUUUACAUAUAUUCAUUUAAUAGAUGCUUUUAUCCUAAGUGACUUACAAACGAAGAGAAAUAUGAACACAAUUUAAAAUCUGUGGGCCUUCAGUUACAGACCUGUUACAGGUUUGUUUAAAACCCUUUUUUUCACAAACCAAAAAAGAAAAUGAUUAACAUGUAUGUCUUUUAACAUGUAGUUGUGUAUGAGAAAAAAAAAUACAGUCAUAGGUUUACAUAAGGAGAAACGGAAAGAAAAUAAAAGCGUUACCAUUUCAAAA